AUGAAGAACGCACAGGGCAAACAGGAGUUGCAGUCUUCUACCCAAGUUUCACAUGAGUCCCAAGGUGAUCACAAAAAUAUCCAACCAAUAGAAGCUCCUAUACAAGAUUCUGGUUCUGUCUCUGCCUCAAGUAAUGACAGUAGGAAAGUUUCAAGGCAAGAUAUUGAACUUGUCCAAAAUUUGAUAGAAAGAUGUCUUCAGCUGUACAUGAACAGAGAUGAAGUCGUGAAGACCCUCUUGACCCGUGCAAGAAUCGACCCUGGAUUUACAACUUUAGUAUGGCAGAAACUGGAAGAAGAAAACGCAGAAUUUUUCAGAGCAUAUUACAUCAGACUGAAACUGAAGAGGCAAAUAGUUGUAUUCAACCAUUUGCUUGAGCACCAGUACCACCUCAUGAAGUAUCCUUUACAUCCAAAAGUUCCUCUGGUCCCAAUGCAGAACGGGAUUCAUCCAAUGGCACCUGGUAACGCAGUUAACAACAUGCCCAUGGGAUACCCAGUGCUACAGCAUCCUCAAAUGCAUCCUCCAGGUCAUCCCCAUCUUGAUCCAAUGGGUUGUGGAAUGUCAAGCUGCCACGUGGUUAAUGGAGUCCCUGCACCUGGGAAUUACCAACCAAUGAGGAUGAACUCAGGGACUAAUGAUAUGGUAAUAGAUACAACCGCGGCUGAUCCAACUCCAAUGAUUCCACCAAGCAGUGGGAUGUCAUCAAUGUCAGAGAUGCCAGUGAGUCCAACUUCUGUGGCGUCAAGCGGACACUUCCCGUUUGCUGCUUCCGACAUGUCAGGCAUGGGAAUGGACACGUCAGCUCUUGAUUCUGCUUUCACGUCUGACGUGGCGACUUCUGUCGGGUUACAACUUGGGCCAGAUGGAGGAGCCGGCAACUCCAGAGACAGCCUCAGGCCAUUUGAUCAGAUUCCGUGGAACUUUAGCCUCUCUGAUCUCACUGCUGAUUUGUCAAAUUUGGGCGAUUUAGGGGCCUUAGGAAACUAUCCCGGUUCUCCAUUUCUUCCAUCUGAUUCAGAGAUUUUGCUCGACUCCCCGGAACAAGAGGACAUAGAUGAAUUCUUUGUGGAUUCGGUCCCAGGGCCUCCGUGUUCUCAGUCAGAUGAAGAUAAGUCUUAA